AUGUGGCAAACAAAAUACGACUCUAUACUUAACCAAGUAUACUACCAAAAUACCGAAGAUGGUAGUGUGAGCUUUGACCUACCAUGUGAGGUACAAAACUCACAACAUCCAAAGAAGUCUUGCGAUGUAGUAAGACCCAACUUCUUGUCUCGCAUAACUUCCAAAUUGCUGCUCCACCGGUCAAGAUCUCCAGAAAACCGUUCGGAGAUGGCCAAGAAGUCUAUUCAGCCUGUUGCUGCUGAACAGAAGAUGGUUGAUGCCCCAGUCAAGAUGGAUGCUUCGGUUUAUUUUACCAGUAUGCCCUUGAGCCUGGAAGACUCUUAUAUGUUGGAGAACCCACUCAAUUUGUAUAACUCUGAUGUUGAGAGUGUUUCGUCUUGCGAAUCCAUCCAGUCAUUCUACCUGGAGUUGGCCCCCAAUGAGAUUUACUACGACUACGAGAAUUCAAUCUACUACGAUGAGAAAGCACUCCAAUACAUCGAGGAGGACUAUGAUAAGGAAAAGGAGAGAUACGAGCUCCGUCUCCAGAUUAUGAAGGAGUUAUAUUAG